CUCUCUUUAAAUGACCCCUCACUGCCAAAACACAUCCAGCUGGAAGCUGAUCAAUAGACAGCCCUGAUGACAAGAUGGCAUUACGGUUUGAGGCAUCCUGUCCUGAUGGUCUAUGUCCAGGAUGGAGUGUCAUCCUGAAAGGAGAGACCCCAGCAGAAGCCAGCAAGUUUGAGAUCAAUUUCAUGUGUGACCGCGAUGACAAAAUAGCCUUCCAUUUCAACCCACGCUUCACUGAGUCAGAUAUCAUCUGCAACUCCUACAUGGCCAACCACUGGGGACAGGAGGAGAGGUGCAGCAGCUUUCCCCUCGGGAUAGAAGAGCCUUUUCAGAUUGAAAUUUACUCUGACAAUGAUAACUUCCAUGUUUACAUUGACGAAACCAAGGUGAUGCAGUAUAAACACCGUGUGGAAGACCUGAAGACCGUCACGAAAGUACAAGUGGUCAAUGACGUCAAUAUCUCCUCUUUAGAGAUCGCCAAAAAACAUUUAUAAG